AUGUUUAGAGUCGCAAAUAAAGUUUCAUCCGAUGCUGAGCUGAAGAAGGAGUCUUUGCAUCUUGCCCAGGGCAUUGCCUCGUUGAACGGAUAUCCAUGCUCUGGUUCAACACGGCGGAGGUAUUUCCCUACACCGACAGUGCGAGAGAGAGCACAAUCUGACAAGGCGGCUUUUUGUUUGCCUUUCAUUUCCGAGGAUGUAAGUAGAUCUAUUCGAUCUAUUGUGCGUCGGUGUGGUCUUCAAGACGAUAUACGGAUUGUGGAAAUACCUCCAAACACCCUUCGGAAGCUCCUCGUUCGUAGUCGACUCUACGAUACUGUAUGCGACACCUCUGACUGUGUGGUAUGCCCUCAUGGCAAAGCCCUGAAGAAGGCGAAGCAGCCGAAACGUUGGCCAUAUAAAGUUUUCAAUCUUGAGAGGCUUGAACAGGACGUAUCUUUACUGUAUAUCAUGCCAAGAUUGCAAGAAAGUCGAUCGUGGACAUGUAUCGAAGGUCUGACGGUGAAAGCCAGGAAGAUUAAGUUCGGCGUCAUUGGACCGGUCGAGACGUGA